GCCGCUCUCUAACGCCUGCGCCGCCUCUCGCUUGCCGAGCUCCAGUCGAGGGAGAAGGGGGGUAAGUAAAGAGGUGCCCUUACCAUGGCUCGUACAAAGCAGACUGCCCGCAAAUCCACCGGUGGCAAAGCACCCAGGAAACAACUGGCUACAAAAGCCGCUCGCAAGAGUGCGCCCUCUACUGGAGGGGUGAAGAAACCUCAUCGUUACAGGCCUGGUACUGUGGCACUCCGUGAAAUCAGACGCUAUCAGAAGUCCACUGAACUUCUCAUUCGCAAGCUCCCCUUCCAGCGUCUGGUGCGAGAAAUUGCUCAGGACUUCAAAACAGAUCUGCGCUUCCAGAGUGCAGCUAUUGGUGCUUUGCAGGAGGCAAGUGAGGCCUAUCUGGUUGGCCUUUUUGAAGACACCAACCUGUGUGCUAUCCAUGCCAAACGUGUAACAAUUAUGCCAAAAGAUAUCCAGCUAGCACGCCGCAUACGCGGAGAGCGUGCUUAAGAGUCCACUAUGAGGGGAAACAUUUCAUUCUCAAAAAAAAUUUUUUUUUCCUCUUCCUGUUAUCAGUAGUUCUGAAUGUUAGAUAUUUUUUCCAUGGGGUCAAAAGGUACCUAAGUAUAUGAUUGUGAGUGGAAAAAUAGGGGACAGAAAUCAGGUAUUGGCAGUUUUCCAUUUUCAUUUGUGUGUGAAUUUUUAAUAUAAAUGCAAGAUGUAAAGCAUUAAUGCAAGCAAAAUGUUUCAGUGAACACAUUUCAACAGUUCAACUUUAUAACAAUUAUAAAUAAACCUGUUAAAAUUUUCU